GGUGGUUGGUGGUUGGUAUGUAGUGGGUUUUGAGAGGGGACACUUGCUUACGGGGGGACACUCGCUUCCUCUGACUGUGAGCGAAGCGAACAGGCAGUCCUGACGAUUACAGGCUAAUAAGGAAUUAAUUCAAGAUGUAGCAAAAGGGACGAAGGAAGCAGAAACUAAAGCAUCUAUUACAUGGCAAACUGCUUAAACUACCUAGUUCUUACAUUGAAAUCUAUCAAACUUAAUAGAGUCUUCUCGAGUAUCUUCAAAGAAUAUGGAAGGUGCUAAACAUGGUUUUCUGAGUUGCAAGGUCUGCUUUAAUGCAUGUUCCCGUACUCCCUCUCCUUCACCGUCCUAGGAAUAUUUGCUUCGCCACACCGAAAACAAACAUCGCCAGGCCUCCGAAGUCAACUUGCUACCUUCUUCACUAACCAAGUCCCUCACGCUCACUUACAUAUAACAUUGCUUUGUUAUAUUAAAUUCUAAUUACACCUCUCUUUAGCCCUUAAAACCGUGGAUCACUCACAACUGUUGCCUCUCAACUAGCGAUGGAGUCCACAGCACCGCAGGCAACACCACCACCGUCAGGUGUCACAUUCAUAAGCAUCGAGGAUUUUGAUGCCAAUUUUCCAGCUCCAGAAAUCGGCCAACUAUAUGUGCAAAAUGUCCCUCCGCUAGUUCAGUUAUCCACAGCGAACUCGAGCGUGGCGGUGAACGACAAGGCAGCCAGUGAGAGCGGGGGCUCCACCACAUCGACUCCAGAUUUGGGCUCCAUUAACUGGAUUGGCAAGCUCCAAGAAUACCACCAAAUCCAUCCCCGCGCAGGAAAACAUGUAUUCACGGAGUCCUCCACGGCAGGCUUCCCGCGUCGUUUCGUUUGCUCUGUGACAAUCGGUGAGCGCCCCGAGCCAUUCAGCUCCACGAACAGUUUCGGCAACAAGAAACAAGCAAAGCAGCACUGCUGCAAACUCGCCAUUGAAUGGCUUGUUGAGAACGGGCACAUGCCGUCCAUAGACUCUGUUUCCUUCCCGAAACACCACCAGGUGGCUCCUCUGGCCAAGGCGGGGCCAGGCGCCAGCGCUGUACAGAUGACUGCCGGUGCUGAAAUCGCACAAAUCUGUUUCGAGCUGCGCAUGGGCCUUCCGGCGUAUGUUAUGAAGAAUGAACCGGCUGGGUCACCGCUUUGGAGCGGGUAUGCUCAUUUCCCGUCUAAUCACCUUGUUGACGGCCAAGUUGGAGAGUUCAGGAACGUCUUUGGCAAGAACAAUGCCAAAGGGGACUGCCAACUCGAAGUUCUGAAAUUCUUGAAAGAAAUUAAGAGGGAUAAGGAGAGUACGGCGUUGGAUGACGGGGUUAAGGGGUACAGGGAGAGCGUGACGACGGAAGGGGCCAAGGAGAUCACGGCGAUAGAGGCUUAA